ACUGACAUUAUUUCACGCUGUGAUAUUCAUGUAUUGUUUUUAAUUGUAUGAUAUUAAAAUGAGUAACGACACAUUGUACCAACGGCCCAAAAAGCAUAAUGCGGCGAAGAUUAGAGUGCACGAUUAUUUAUAUGAUUCCGCUUACAUAGUAUCCGGCGCGAAGGACUAUGCCCGCACCGCGUUCAGAGCCGCUAUGGCGUCUGCCCAAGUUAUCAUUCAGCCGGUUUACACGGCAAUGUUCUCCGAUGGACGACGAUAUCCGAGCGUUCAGGCUGUGUAUCAUCCAAACUGUCGUCUCCCGGAACACAUAGAUCGCUCGUACGGCGCUUAUCUGAAGCGAACAAGCGAUGCGCGCACCGUACCACCACCGAACCUUAACGGCAGAGAUCGCUAUAGAUUCACUGCUAGACCAAAAAAGGUACUGGACCUGCAGACGACGUCACCCGACUUCCACCCGACAACGCCGCGAGCCGAGGCGCCAUCUUCUCCACGACCGAAGAACAGAGCCACACAGAGCAUGUAUAGAGAGUCAUCAGCGCAAACCAUACCUUGGCAACCGGAUGGGAAAGCGGCAGAAAUCUGUCAGACCACACCAGAAGUCUUGUAUUUGGAUAUGCUUGAAUGGGGUCCCGGCUGUCCAUAUUGUACGGGAGAUUUGCCGGCCGACUUUCACACUACUGAAAUUAUUAACAAAUUGCGUCACGCGCGUUGUUGGACUGAACUAAUGGAGAAGGGCAAGCGCCCCGGGUGGAUGAAAAAAACGGACGCCAUUAUUACAGACAUCGAGACUAAAGACUGGAUCUUCAGAGAGGCGGAAAUAGACGAACUGCAAAGCAUACGUCUCGAGCUCCUGCAUCAGAUGCAAGCGCAAAUGCGCAACAAACAGACGACCAAGACGAGCCGAAAGCUUGCCAAGCUGUGGGUAGCGAAGAAGGAGGUCAUGGAGAAGAAGAUUGAUCACAUCCGCAGGGCCAGGGAUAGAGAACUUCGAAAACUCACCGCCAUUCACGGUGGGGGGGGUCGAGUGGGGAUGGUUCAGCGUAUGAGGGCUGCCCGGGGCUCGGGGUCAAUGACCUUGGCCUCGCAUGACCCUAAGUCUGACCUCAUAGCGCCGCUCAUCAGACACGGGUACCAGGCGCGCAGAAGACACGAGUGUAUUAUAUACGACCCGGCGCUUCUAUCUUACGAGGACCAUGAGAAGUUGGCGGAGCCCCCGGCGUGGCUGGAGCGCUGCGGCCAGGACCUGAGGCUGUCGUGCUCCGGCCACCACCUGCCCAGGAACACGCUGCAGCUGUGCGAACGAGAGACCAAAUGGAGCGAACAGUUCCUGGAGAGCUUGCAUAACGAUCUUAAAAAGGCGAGAUUAGGCGCGGCUUCGUCGACGGCGGCGGGCCCGCUGCGCGUGCUGCGCCCGCGCCGGCUGUGCGACACGCCGCGCCCCGCCACGCCCGAGGUGGAGCGCGUCGACGACGAGGACGAGAACAACUACCAGGCGGCGCUCGUGCUGCAGAGGAUACUCAGGGGGAGGGCUGUUCAAGUUCUGAUGUACGAAGGCAGGACGCGCGCGGCGGAGCUGACGGAGGAGCUGAAGACGACGCACGGACUGCAGAAGGAGGACCGCGCGCGCAUCGCACGCGAGGAGACCAAGGCGAGGGAGUACAGCGCGAUGAGGACCGAGGCCGAACAGACGGACGCAGCCAUAACGGCGCUGGUUGACGAGCUGUGUGGCGGCGCCGUGUCGGCCGCUCUGGACUUCUUGGAGAAGGAGUUGCGGCGACUGAAGGAGGAAAGGAGACAGCAUGCUUUUAUUCUUAUUGCGUUGCGCGAGAAGCAAAUGCGCGAAGCUGCCGAAGCGGGGAGAAGACAGAAGGAGGAGCACAGGAGAAGGGAACACGACGAGAUGUUCAAACAGAUUUUAGGCGUCACCCAAGAGACAGUAGACGCGUAUUUCCGCGACAUCCUGCACGAGGGCGUUCAUCUGGCGGCGGAACAGGACGCGGUGAUGCGCACGGAGAGGGAAGCCAGCCGGAUGGAUGAAUCACUAGCCAUGCACGGUUCUAUGUCAACUGCGGAACAGCAAACCGUGGUGGCAGAGUUAGUGCAACAGUUUUUAUUGCCCGAAGUGCACAAGACAGCGUCAAGGCACCACGUGUCCACACUGCAGAAUGCCAAACUGGUGGCCGCUAGGAAAGCCAUAUUUGGCGUUUUGGACGACGCCGAGAUCAAAACCCCUAAAUGCAUACGUUGCGGCGUUCCCCUCGGCGACGAAUGCCGUUGUAAUGUUUGUCCGAUCGUCCAGACUCCGACCGAAACCGACUCCAGAGAUGACCCGAGAUGGCAACACACGAGAUCUCGAUCGACGCGAGUUGAGAAAACCACAGAAGAGCGAUUCCCGCCGCGACACGAGAUACGGUGCCUGUUGAGCGCCCUCAUCGACGAUGUGGUGCGCGAGUCUCGCAUUCAUCGCGCGGAAAUGGACGAGGUACGUCACGAGGUCGGCCGCCGCAUGCGAGAGAAGACUGAAGCAACACUCGAUGCCAAGUUUAUCACCGACGCCAUUGUCGACCGCGCGACCGGCGCGGCGUCUCCACCAAUCAAGGUCUCCGACUACCACCACUUCAUGAUGAGGUUCUACGGAGACGCGCUCGAAAGAUCUGUGCCAUUCCACUCUAUGAAGUGUCCUAAAGAGUUGCCGUCUGAAAUUCGCCAACGCGAGGAAGCUUUACUGCCCCAAAGCAAAACGUGCAAGUGUGACGAGGAGCCGAAAUCUGCUGUUAAGUUCGCCUUCAAAGAAGAAUCUGAAGAGGAUCUUACAAAAAUGUUACCAUCUGAAAUACGUGCCUUGGAAGAACUACGUCGGUGCAAGUGCGACUCGAGCCCGUCCAUGACCGGCUUUGACACGUUUGCAACGUCGACCGAAUUUGACUCGAUCACGCCGGAAUACGCUGGCGAAGAAGAAGACGAAACUGAUGAAUAUCAAGACAACCAGCGCAGCGACAAUUAAUAAUUAAUAAAUUAUGUUUUCUUUGAGCAACA